AUGGAAGAAGGCGGAAAGAGUCAUCCGGACAAAUUCCCCGACGCUCCAGCAGACAGCAUUUCUUACUUGUUCUCAUACUACUGCGGUGGGCUCUGCAUUGCAGUGUGUACUUUCAUCAUCUACUCUCUGAUAAAGAAGAACAAGCCAUGGAUCAAUCCGAGCGGUGCUGUUCCUACGAUGCUGGGUGGCGCCAUAUUUUCUAUUGGAAUGAGUGCAUUCGUCACUGCUAUUGAUAUGUUGGAUCAAGCGAUUGCAUAUCCAAUCUGCGCAAUGGCACCAGGCUUGGUUGUAUCAAGCUGGAGCAUCUUUUACUUCAAGGAAAUCACAGGUCGACGAAAUUUGAUUUGGUUGACAACUGCUUACGGACUUACUCUGAUCGGAGUAAUGCUAAUAACCGUCUCAAAAGAAGUUUCUUUAGUUUAG